AUGCGGGUGCGAACGUGUCUGGCAGGCCCACAGGACCUAGUGGCCUCUUUCGGCCGCGAACUCUACAGGAGUCUCAUGACGGGAGCAUCGGACUCCCAUAAGAAGUCAUUCAGUUCCUACAACGUCACCACGUCCCACUCUCGUGCCAGUUUGGUUUCGGCCCACUCGGACUCGCCCGUCACCGUCUCGUCGAAGUUGUUUGACAUCGCGUCCAACGCGUCCACAUCAGAAGCGAUCCCCAUCGCCGGUGCGGCCGUCUUUCCUCUACAGACACUUCUUCAUCAAACAUAUAUCCUGCGGACCCUUCUCAACGGGACACGGCUUUUCCUGGUCAUAUGGUUUCAGACGCUUCUUCCUCGGUGAGACCCCGUAGGUCGGCUUUGGACAAGCUCUCCGCUUUUCCUUCCAUCACAGAUUUACGAGCGGCCUUGACCGGUUUCGUUACGCCCGUCAACGAGUCAACCCUGAUCGAUGGCACUCGGCAGUGGACCGCCACGCCAGCACUGCGCUCUCGGAUUCCCACCACCCACCCAAUCGCUUCCCACCCACCUGCCCAACUCGUCGGCUCGCACCCCAUCGACGCCGGCGCCGGCGCGCGGGCCUAUCUCGCACCCUCUCAUUCGCCGGGGCCGUCAUCGACAACUGAGCGGUGUAUCGACCACAGAAUCAAUCUUACGCCUUUUACUUAA